UGGGCCAAUGAACGGCGGCGGGAGGUGAAAUCCGGUUCUAACCGGUCCGGGGCUCCCAGCGCUAUAAAAACUUUAUAAACCCCCCGGAGCCCAAGCAGUGUGAGGAAGAGGAGACGGGAGCGACCCCCGGACCGGCCGCUGCCGCCGCUGCAACCCGCGCCCAGACUCCGCUGCUGCCGCUGCUCCCGCCCCUCCACCGUCACCACCAUGCCCAAGAGAAAGGCUGAAGGAGAUGCUAAGGGAGACAAGACCAAGGUUAAGGACGAACCACAGAGGAGAUCAGCACGGUUAUCUGCUAAACCUGCCCCUCCGAAGCCAGAACCCAAACCCAAAAAGGCACCUGCAAAGAAGGGAGAGAAGUUACCCAAAGGGAAAAAGGGAAAGGCUGACGCCGGUAAGGAUGGGAACAACCCUGCAGAGAAUGGAGAUGCCAAAACAGACCAGGCACAGAAAGCUGAAGGUGCUGGAGAUGCCAAGUGAAUUGUGUGAAUUUUUGAUAACUGUGUACUUCUGGUGACUGUACAGUUUGAAAUACUAUUUUU